AUUAUAACCUAUAUCUUGGAUCUUGACUCGAAGCACCUCGAAGCGAGAUCAAAUCUGUGCCCCUUCAAAAAGGCAAUUCAAAAUUUAAUACAUAAUUAUUAUACCCAUAUAGUACAGCCAUGGUUGAGCAACAGCGACAAAGAAUAGAACAAGAAAUGACCAAAAUGAUAAAUGAACUAGAUCUAGAGUACUUACGGAAAAUGCAAGCAGACAUGCAUAGGUGUGCAGCAAGAUGUUGUGAUAACAGAGAUGUGUCUUUAGAAAGAGUCCAGUCAUGUGUAGAGAACUGCUCAGUUAAAAUAAACUGGGCGCAAUCCUAUGUUCAAGGAGAACUACAACAGUUACAGAAUAAAUUGCAGAGAUGUGUCAUGGACUGCAAUGAUGAUGUUAGGGUCAAAAUGGGACCAAACCCUAAUGAAUCAGAGGUUGAGAGGUUCACUGCCAUUUUCGAAAAAUGUGCUACAAAAUGUGUAGACAAACAAAUUGAAUAUGUACCUUCAUUACUGAAGAGAAUGAAAACGGAUUUAUCAAGAGAACACCAAAAUUCAUAACAAAACACCACUAACAUACUUUUUAUUGUAGUACAUUUUUCAUUAAUACUUUUAUGAAUAAAUUAUAUCCAAUGUUCA